AUGGGUGCCAAAGACGUCCUCUCCCGCAAGGCCGGUGUCAUCACCGGCGAUGACGUUCUCAAGCUCUUCAAGUAUGCGCAGGAGAAAGGUUUCGCCAUCCCCGCCAUCAACGUCACUUCGAGCUCUACCGUCGUAGCUGCCCUCGAGGCCGCUCGCGACAAGAACAGCCCAAUCAUCCUCCAGACCUCCCAGGGCGGAGCAGCGUACUUUGCUGUAAGACCAUCCCCCUCCAACGCUUGCCCAGAUCAAAACGCGAGCAUCGGGGGCAGCAUCGCCGCAGCACAUUAUAUUCGCUCUGUGGCACCGCUCUACAACGUCCCGGUCGUUCUCCACACCGAUCACUGUGCGAAGAAGCUUCUCCCAUGGCUCGACGGCAUGAUGGACGCUGAUGAGGCGUACUUCAAGGAGCAUGGCGAGCCGUUGUUCAGCAGUCACAUGGUCAAAUACAACAUCGAAACCACAGCCAAGUAUCUCAAGCGCGCGGCUCCUAUGAAACAAUGGCUGGAGAUGGAGAUCGGUAUCACCGGCGGCGAAGAGGACGGCGUCAACAAUGAAGACGUCGACAACAAUUCGUGGCCUGAAGAUAUCUACGAGAUCUACAAGACGCUCUCGCCCAUCUCGCCCUACUUCUCGAUCGCAGCUGGCUUCGGCAACGUCCAUGGCGUCUACAAGCCCGGAAACGUGAAGCUCCAGCCCGUCCUUCUCAAGAAGCACCAGGCGUUCGUGAAGGAACAAACCAAAGCCAAGGAGGAGAAGCCGGUCUUCCUCGUCUUCCACGGAGGCAGUGGCAGCUCCGUUGAUGACUUCCGAGAGGCGAUCUCCUAUGGCGUUGUCAAAGUCAAUCUCGACACGGACCUGCAAUGGGCUUACCUCACGGGCAUCCGGGACUAUGUCUUGAACAAGAAGGACUACAUCAUGAACCAGGUUGGCAAUCCCGACGAUAGGUACUACGACCCCCGAGUCUGGGUCAGGGAAGGCGAGAAGACCAUGAGCAAGCGCAUUGCUAUCGCCCUCGACGACUUCUACACCGCCGGCAAGUUGUAA